AUAUCUCUUCUUAGUACUAAGUACUGUUUCUUCUUUUAAUCUCGAAAAAUGGAAGUGAUAAACAUGGUUUUGUUGGGAAUGUUAUUGGGUGGUCUGGUUUGGAACCUUCUUAGAAGAGUAAAUGGUUGGGUUUAUGAGAACCUUAAAUUGGGGGACAAGAGGUUCCUUCUGCCUCCAGGAGAUCUAGGGUUGCCCUUUAUCGGCAAUAUGCUCACCUUCCUUAGAGCCUUCAAGUCCACCGAUCCUGAUUCCUUCGCCAACUCCCUUAUAACCAGAUAUGGACGGACAGGAAUAUACAAGACCUUUAUGUUUGGUAGUCCUAGCAUUUUAGUCACGAUGCCGGAUACAUGCAAGCGAGUAUUAACGGACGAUGAUUGUUUCAUGCCCGGUUGGCCCGAGUCCACGGUGACUUUAAUAGGUGAGAAGUCGUUCAUCGGGAUUAGCCAAGAGGAACACAAACGGUUGAGAAAGCUAACCGCGGCUCCAAUAAAUGGUCAAGAAGCUUUGUCGCUUUACUUGGAAUUUAUUGAUGAAAAAGUGGUGUUGGCAUUAGACAAAUGGUCCAAAAUGGGACAAAUUGAGUUGUUAACUCAACUAAGGAAACUUACAUUUAGGAUAAUCAUGCACAUUUUCUUGAGUACCGAAGGUGAGCAAGUGAUGGAAGAUUUGGAAAAAGAAUACACCUUUUUGAAUUAUGGAGUUAGAGCCAUGGCCAUCAAUAUCCCCGGUUUCGCUUAUCAUAAAGCCCUCAAGGCUAGGAAGAGGAUGGUCGCUAUUUUUCAAUCGGUGGUGAACGAAAGAAGGAAGAGGAUGGGGUCGAUGAAAAAUUCACCGGUAGGAAAGAAAGGCGAUAUGAUGGACGCAUUGUUGGAAGUUGUUGACGAUAAAGGAAAGAGAUUGGGCGAUGAUGAUAUAAUCGACAUUCUAGUCAUGUACCUAAACGCGGGUCAUGAAUCUUCGGGUCACACAGCAAUGUGGGCUGUUUUCUACCUACAUAAACACCCCGAAGUUUUCCAAAAGGCAAAGGCCGAGCAAGAAGCUAUUGUAAGGAACAGGCCACCCGGGCAAAAACGCAUGUCGCUUAAGGAAUAUCGCCAGAUGGAAUACACCUCUCAAGUGAUUGAUGAAACUCUUCGUAUUGUCUCAUUUUCUCUUAUGGUAUUUCGAGAGGCAUUAAGCGAUGUCAAAAUAAAUGGUUAUUUGAUACCGAAGGGAUGGAAAGUUUUGGCUUGGUUCAGAUCGGUUCAUUUUGACUCCGAGAUUUACCCAAAUCCCAAAGAAUUUGAUCCUUCAAGAUGGGAUGGAUUUACCCCAAAGGCGGGAAGCUUUCUUCCUUUUGGAGCUGGAACUAGAUUGUGCCCUGGAAAUGAUCUUGCCAAACUAGAAAUCUCCGUCUUUUUACACCAUUAUCUUCUUGGUUACGAGUUUGAACGAGCAAAUCCAAACUCGAGGUUGAUGUACUUGCCUCAUCCGAGGCCAAUGGAUAACUGCUUGGGAAGAAUGAAGAAAGUUCCCACAUAA